GUCAUUCACCUGGAAGUGUCAUUUGUUGAAUGAAUUUCAAGCAUUUAGAAGAGACAAUAUUAAAAUUUUGCAUUUAUUUUCAAUAAUAAACUGGAGUUUCACAAGAUUUGGAGAAUAAAAAGGAAAAACUCGUAAAUCUCGAUUGAACGAGAUUGUAAAGUAUUCAAUUUUGGAGUUGAAAACACAACCAAAACAAUGAACUUUUCCAAAGAAUUGAAGCCGGUGUUGGUGUACAAUGAUCCGAAGGAAAUCGUACCAUUCAGCAGCAUUGUGGUGCCAUCAACGAUGCGUUCGCCACUGUGGAAAUAUUUCGGAUUUCCAGCGGAUAAAAAUCAACAAAUUUUAACGAAAAAUCGAAUUGUUUGCAGUAUUUGCCAUUCAUACAUUGCGUACAACAAAAACACAACAAAUCUCAGUACACACUUGAAUUGCAAACAUCCGGAUGUGCUGGCGAAAAUCAAUUCAAACAAACAGAAAGGAGAAGAGUAUAAAGAGUUUGAGGAACCAAUCCGAUUGAAAUCCGAAACGGGAUCUUCGCCACAUUCCAAGCGAUCGAAAAUGACGGAAGAGAUUGAAGUCAAUUGGUAUGCUGACAAUGACUCAGUCCAGAGUCCAGUCAAGGAUGAUUCCCAUCCGACUGGAAUCACCGAAAAAACCUUCGUCAAAGAGAAGAAGCUUACAUUCAAGCCCAGUCAACUUGUCAUUAUAAAAAGCGACGGCGACAAAAGUCUCGAAAGCAAUUUAGUGGUCGAACCACAUGACAUUGACAGUGAAAGCCAGUACAUCGAAACCAUUGACUAUAACCAUAUUGACAUGACUGAGGAUGGCCACGAAGUUAUCGCCGAAGAACUGGUUACAGAUCACACGGCAAGCGACAGUCAACCGAAAGAUGAAUUUCUAUCGGAAGAAUUUUUAACCAUCAACGAAUCGAAUGAAGUGCUGUACGACAGUUCAACGAAGGAAAUUGUAAUUUCCACCAAAAUGCCGCCGAAAAUCGCCAAUAAAAUCAAUGUGAAGCGUAAUAGAAGCAGUCACGACUCGUAUGAAGUUGUCCUACAGAUCAAAAAAUUCCUUAUCAAAGAUUUGCUUCCCACUACGAUUGUUGAUGGAUCUGGUUUCAAGGAUUUGAUUGGGUAUUUUUUACAAAAUGCAGAAAUUCCGGGCUCGGCACAGAUCGAAAAAACCAUUGAAAAGGACUACAAUUUGCAGCACUCGAGUGUUUUGACCGGAAUCAAGUCAAUCAUCAACAGUCGAAACUAUUCGCUUUCAUUUCACAAACUUGGCAAUAGUUCAAUGGUCGAAAUCUCGGUGAAUUACUGGUCCGACAUAGGGAAUCGCAUCGGAGCGUUGGAGAAUCAAAUCUUUUGCAUUUCCAAAAAUUGCACCAAUUUCAUUGUCAGUUUCAUUGAGAGUCUGAAGAAUUGCAGCGCAUUUGUUGUGGAUUUCGAUAUGGAGACGGAUUUUGAAGCAAUUUUGCCGGUUGAAAUACCUACCAUUCCGACUUUUUCAUACGUCACAAAAAUGGCUUUUGAUGCAUGUAUGCAGUUGUCUGCUGUGCGAACGGCCGUCGAUUCAGCCGACGAAUUUCUAGUGGGAAAAAUCAAGGGAUCUCAUACUUGGCUACAACAAUUCGAAUAUUUAUCACAGUUUCUGAACGAUUACAACGAGGAAAAUAACCAGAUCAUCAAAAUUUUGAUCGAGUGCUUGCAACCGUUGAAGAACUGUUUGGAUGUACUAGCCUUCGAGACAUCAGCAUAUGCAUCAAUUAUGAAACCAGUUGCGCUGCAGUUGAUAAACCAGCAUUAUGUUGAAAGUGAGAGUGAUACUAAAUCCUCUGAUACUGAGUUGACUGUGUUGGAGAAGGAUUUGAAACGGACAAUUUUCCGAAUUUUUCAACAAAACAUAAUUGGGAAUCCCUUUUUGACAAUCGGAUCAUUUCUAGAUCCACGCUUCCAGCGACUUACCUCUCCGGACGAUUUGAGUUCAAUUCACGAUGAACUUGAGAAAAUCGUACAAAACAACGACGCAAAAUCUUCUGAAGCAAAGACCGAUGAGAGAUUGCUCAAAGUAAAGUCGGAAAAAAGUUUCGGAUUAUCGUCCCUAUUUUCCAACAUUACGCCGGUGGCAAAAGCAAAGCCACCGAAGAAUCGAUUCGACAUCGAAUUCCGCAGCUAUUCGGAAGAUGUGAGUUUGGACAUGGAGCUGUGUCCAUUAGAGUGGUGGUUUGAAAGCGAAACUUUGUAUCCAACCAUAAAACAGCAUGUGAAGAAGUACUUCUGCGUUCCAGCGUUUGUGAACAAUUUCCAUCGAUUACCGCUCAACGAACAAGAGGAGCUAGAGAGCAAAUAUGACAACAUUGACAGCGAUACAAACGAAAAGCUGUUGUGGCUUCAUUUGAACGAACUGCGGAACAGAUCGUCGGAGUCAUAGUUUUUAUCUUGAGCAAUUGCAAACUUCAUCAUACAAUUUGAGUUUAUGAUUUAAAAUUGUUUUUGUCCAUUUUAACAAAAAAAAAAUACUGUAAUUUUUUUUCAUAAAAAAGAACGUGCCAACGAUUACUGUCGCAAAACAAUUUCACAUUUUAUUUUGUUUUUUUUUUAUAAUGUAAAUAUUAAUAGUAGAUAACAAUGUCUAUUGAUUAAACAAUUUGGGGCUGUUUUCUCCAUUAAUAA